UUUAGAGAUUAUGAAAAAAGAUAAUGGAGUAAAAUUUAGAAUCAAUUUCAUGUCUUCAACAGAUUCAUAUUAAGUCAUUGUUUUAGUCUAGGAAGAUUUGAACAAAAAGUCAAAGUGGAUUCUGACCUUUUGUCAACGAAACUCCAGGUAUGAUGUGGUUGGUAUUAGGACGUGGUUUUUCAUCCUCUGUGCGGAGGUGUUGAUGAACAGGUUGGUAAGGAGAGCCUUAGAUUCCUUAUCUCCAAUAGGUGGAAGGAACCAUCUGUUACUGUUUUCAAUGAUGUCUUAGAAAGAUCAAGGACUUUUGUGUGUGAGGGGUGAAAAUGAUCUUGGACAAGACCGAUAAGAUUAUUUUUAAAAGAAAAACGACAGGCUUCUCAUCUCCUAAAUGAAUGUUAACCAGAGAACAACUUGACUCUUUAGAUGUCAAGUUUAGAAAAGUCUCUUGAGAGAUUGUGGAAGCAGUAUGAAGGAAAAUAAAUAUACAACCCAUAUCAGUCUUUCUGCAUUAAGAAUAACUUGGGCCAUCUAGGAAUCUUUCUUUUUUGUUAGCUUGGGUUUUUAUAAACAAUGCCGGGGGAAACAAAAACCUGUCUGUCUUUAGGAUUACCAGUACGAGUUGGAAGCCAAAUACAUUAUUUUUCUUAAUAUUUACUUUUUAUUCAGGAUGAAUUAUAUUUACAGAGCUGCAUGAAAAAAGGAACCCUGUAUAAACUAUAGGCAUUUUUUUAUCCCCCUGGGAAUAUCUUGUCUAUUGGCAGAACACAAUUAUUUAAAGGGAUUUUUGUAUAAAUAAUAUUUCCUCUUUAAUUUUUGCUUGAUCUGGGGUUGACUGUUCAGCGUAGACUUGGAUGCAGGAAGAAUUUGGCACUAAGAUGAUAAUAGAUGAGUUAUUGGCCACUUCCUUGCUUGCUAGGCCGUGUGAUAAUUGCUUCACAUGCAUAAUUUCACAGUGACCCCAUGGGAAAUACUAUUAUCUCCAGCCUCCAGGUGAGAAAGGAGGCAUACAGAGGCCAAGAGGACAUGGAUUUGAUUGACAUACUUUGGAGGCAAGAUAUAGAUCUUGGGGUGAGCCGAGAAGUAUUUGACUUCAGUCAACGGCGGAAGGAGCAUGAGCUUGAAAAACAGAAAAAACUCGAAAAGGAAAGACAAGAACAACUCCAAAAGGAGCAAGAGAAAGCCUUUUUCGCUCAGUUACAACUAGAUGAAGAGACGGGUGAAUUCCUCCCAAUUCAGCCAGCCCAACACAUCCCAUCAGAAACCAGUGGAUCUGCCAGCUACUCCCAGGUUGCCCACAUUCCCAAACCAGAUGCUUUGUGCUUCGAUGACUGCAUGCAGCUUUUGGCAGAGACAUUCCCAUUUGUAGAUGACAAUGAGGUUUCUCCAGCUACGUUUCAAUCACUCGUUCCUGAAGUUCCCAGCCACAUCGAGAGCCCAGCGUUUAUUGCUCCUAAUCAGAAUCAGUCAGCGGAACCUCUUAUCCUUCAGCUAAUGAGUGAUUUAGAUAAUACGCAGCAGGACACUGAGCAAGUUUGGGAGGAACUAUUAUCCAUUCCAGAAUUACAGUGUCUUAAUAUUCAAAAUGACAAGCUGGCUGAGACCAGCACAGUUCCAAGUCCAGAAACCAAACAGGCAGAUGCCGAUAACAGUUACCAUUUCUACUCAUUGAUCCCUUCACUGGAGAAAGAAGUAACUAACUGCAGCCCACAUUUUCUCAGUGCUUUUGAGGAUUCCUUCAGCAGCAGCAUCCUCACCACAGAAGACCCCAGUCAGUUGACAGUGAACUCAUUAAACUCAAAUGUCACAAUAAACACAGAUUUUGGUGAUGAAUUUUAUUCUACUUUCAUAGCAGAGCCCAGUAACGACAACAGCAUGCCCCCCUCUGCUACUUUCAGCCAGUCACUCUCAGAACUGCUCAACGGGCCCAUCGAUGUUUCUGAUCUAUUACUUUGUAAAGCCUUCAAUCAAAACCACCCUGAAAGCACAGCAGAAUUCAAUGAUUCUGACUCUGGCAUUUCACUGAACACAAGUCCCAGUUUGGCAUCACCAGAACACUCGGUGGAGUCUUCUAUCUAUGGAGACACACCACUUGGCUUCAGUGAUUCUGAGAUGGAAGAGAUAGAUAGUGCCCCUGCAAGUGUCAAACACAAUGGACCUAAAACACAGCCAGUACAGCCUUCUGGGGAUAUAGUUCAACCCCUGUCACCAUCUGGGGGGCACAGUGCUCCAGUGCGUGAUGCCCAAUGUGAAAACACACAAAAGAAGGAAUUGCCCCAAAGUCCUGGUCAUCGCAAAACCCCAUUCACAAAAGACAAACAUUCAAACCGCUUGGAGGCUCAUCUCACAAGAGAUGAGCUAAGGGCAAAAGCUCUCCACAUCCCAUUCCCUGUAGAAAAAAUCAUUAACCUCCCUGUUGAUGACUUCAAUGAAAUGAUGUCCAAGGAGCAAUUCAAUGAGGCUCAACUUGCAUUAAUUCGAGAUAUACGUAGGAGGGGUAAGAAUAAAGUGGCUGCUCAGAAUUGCAGAAAAAGAAAACUGGAAAAUAUAGUGGAACUGGAGCAAGAUUUGGAUCAUUUAAAAGAUGAAAAAGAAAAAUUGCUCAAAGAAAAAGGAGAAAAUGACAAAAACCUCCAUCUACUGAAAAAACAACUCAGCACCUUAUAUCUUGAAGUCUUCAGCAUGCUACGAGAUGAAGAUGGGAAGCCUUACUCUCCCAGUGAAUACUCCCUGCAGCAGACGAGAGAUGGCAAUGUGUUCCUUGUUCCCAAAAGCAAGAGGCCAGAUGUUAAGAAAAACUAGGUAUGGGAAGAUCUGACCUUUUCUGAGCUACGGGGGUGUGUAUGUGUGUGUGUGUUUAUGUGUGUGUGUGUGUGUGUGUACUGUUACGUAUACUAAAAGCUCCUACUGUGAUGUGAAAUGCAGAAAUAUACUUUAUAAUUCUAUGCAAAGUUAUAGUCAAAAUUAAUGUAGAAUAUAAAAUUUUAAAAGCAUUAAAUAUCAAUAUGCUGAAAUCAGUUUCACAUUAACUGCAAACUUAAUUUCUUAGAACACCAUUUGAGAUAGUUUCUGUACACGUGUAAAUACUACAAAAAACUCAUACUGUUCUUAUCUCAUUUGUUACAUUCAUAGAUGUGUAUGUUUUGACAUCUGGCUAAAAGCAAAUUGUUGCACAAAACUAACCACUAUGUACUUUUUUAUAAAUAUUAUAUGAACCAAAAAAAUGGCCUUUUUUUAUAUUAAAUUGUUUAGCUCUGGCAAAAAAAACACCACCAAUUUAGUUGAAAAGCUGGUACUAAUAAAGAAAUACU